AUGGACCGAUAUCUUCAUAAGCCCGAUUGGGUUGUCGAAAAAGCAGGAUCGCCUCAAGGCGUCCGAGUGAUCAACGACUACUCAUUCCCGAUGGGAGCUGCCGUAAACGACUUCACCGAUCGGUGUAACUUUCCCGAUGUCAGCUACAACCCGCCGAAGGAUAUAGCACGUCGUAUAUGGGAACUUCGAAUCCGAUUCCCGGGUCAUCCUCUGCUUAUGAUGAUAGGAGACGUCUCUGGAGCCUUUCGUCAUAUCCCUAUCAACGCCGACCACGUGCACAUGUUUGCCUUCCAUUUCGACGGCUUCAUCGUUAUUGACCUGUCCUGUGGAUUUGGUUGGUGUGGGUCCCCGGCUUUCUACUCCGUAGCCAGAUCUCUCAUCAAUGCACUCUACGAAAGUCAGCGUCCACCUGCGAAUCUCACGCCGAUCGACAGCAGUCAGUUCGUCGGGAACGUGUGGUGUGAUGACCAUACCUGUAUUGAAAUUGCAACUGGACCAAGGUGUAUGCAAGCGGACAUUGCACUACGGAAGGCCAUGACUACGGUACUCGGCCCACGAGCACUAAACGAAGACAAGUUUACACAGUGGUCGACGAAAACCAAAGCGCUUGGACUGCUUUGGUUUACAGAAAAUGGCACAGUCUCUGUGCCCACUCAAAAGAUCGACAAAGCGCGAUGCCGGAUUGACUACCUUUUGACAGCAGCAACAUGUUCCCUCUCGUCAAUUAGUAAGCUGGUUGGAAGCCUACGCUACGUAUCGACUUGUUUUCCAGCAGCACGAUCCUUCUAUCAAAAUGUCCAGGUAUUUGCUUCGACGUUUCACAGCCUACACGAGCGCAGACGUGUGCCUGCCGAUGUGCGCGAGGACUUGGUUUGGUUCCGUGCAGUACUUACCGUCGAACACCAGUUUAACUCAAUUCCAGUCGAGCAUUUCGCGAGACUUCAGACAACAACUUACUACGUCAUGAUGGACGCAUCGGAUACCGGUAUCUGUGCGCUAGAGCGACAACUCCGCCAGUAUAUCCGACUUCAAUUCAGCCAAGACGUACGUGAUGGUUUCGCCACCUCAAUGAAAGACAACUCGAUCAAUGUAAGAGAACUGAUGAGCGCGGUUCUCGCGGUCACUCAGGUCCAGCAUGGGCCCCAAAAGGUCGGGAUCGUACCCAUGUCCGCCUGUGGAUAG